AUGGCAAAUUCUCACGGCGGCGGAGGAAUGACGGCGGCAGAAGAUUACCAAGAAGAGGAGGUGUGGGCCAUGAUCAAGGCAAGACAUCAACCCUCCAACCUAACAAACAAUCUCUCCACCUCAUCCUCGCGCCACUUCCCCUCCGCCGCCGCCGCGAGGGGCAUUCCGAGAUCCUCCGGCGGCGCUUCGUCGGCGCCCCUCGCCGUCCCCGACUGGUCCAAAAUCUUGAAGAAGAAUCCCAAGAGGAACGGUGCAUGCGGAAAUUUCAGCGACGGCGACGAUGAGAUGGUGCCGCCGCAUGAAUAUGUGGCUCGGAGGGCGGCGGCGGCGCAGGUGGCUUCCUUCUCCAUGUGCGAAGGAGUUGGAAGAACUCUUAAAGGGAGAGAUCUCAGCAGACUCAGAAACGCGAUUUUGACCAAAACGGGUUUUCUUGAAUAG